AUGGCUGCGACUGCUGCCAGCGACGAUCCCUUCCUCUGGCUGGAAGAGGUAAACGGCGAGAAGUGUCUGGAGUGGGCCAAGGAGAAAAAUGAGGUGACUUUUGCAAAGUUUGGACGGCCUGACUCGGCUCCAUUGUAUGGCAAAAUUCUGGAGAUUUUGGAGAGCAAAGACAAGAUCGCUUAUGUACAGAAAAUCGACGACUUUUACUACAACUUCUGGCAGGAUGCGGACCACAUCAGGGGAAUUUGGCGUCGCUGCACCCUCGAGGAGUACAAAAAACCUGCGAAAGAAAUUCAGUGGGAGCUCGUCCUGGAUCUUGAUGCCCUCGGCAAGGAAGAAGGCGAGAGCUGGGUAUGGCACCGCCCAACUUUCAUCGACGAAGGCCCCGGCCAGAAGCGCGAUCUUUGCUUGCUGGCCCUCUCCCCGGGCGGCACCGAUGCAGAAGUGGUUCGCGAGUUUAGCCUCGAAACGAAGGCAUUCAUCCCCGAGUCGGAGAAUGGCUUCAAGGUGGGUGCUUGCAAGACGCGCGUUUCGUACAAGUCCCGGGACGUUCUCCUGAUUGGGACAGACACAGGCGCAGAAGAUGAUAUGACAGAUUCGGGCUAUCCCCGACAAGUGCGUGAAUGGAAGCGUGGUGUUCCUUUGAAGGAUGCGCCUCUGGUCUAUGAAGCUGAGAAAAAGGACAUUUCUUCCUUCGCCGGUCGCUACUAUGACAGAGGAUUUUUUCACGAGAUGCGAGGGCGAGCUAUUACAUUCUGGACUUCGGAAUAUUUCUGGCUGCAUCAAGGCGAAUGGAAGAAGGUUGACGUUCCCGACGACAUGCGGGUGUCCACCUUCUGUGAUCGCUUUCAGCUGACUCUUCGCAGCGACUGGACUGUUGGCGGCCAAACCUAUGUGCAGGGAUCGCUGCUCUCCAUUCCCAUUGACAGCCUUUUUGCUGGCGACAUGUCGAAGCUGGAAGUUCUCUUUGCGCCUAGCGAAUCAGAGUCCCUAGAAGACACGACGGGCACCAGGAACUAUCUCAUUCUUUCCGUGCUCGAGGAUGUGAAAACCAAGCUGAUCUUUUGGCGGUACAAAGAAGGCGCAUGGGAGCAGUGCGGUAUCGAACGAGGCCUUGGCAUGGAGAGUGUUGAGCCUCAGGCCGUGGAGGCCGAUGUCUGCGACGAUCUUUGGGUCACUGUGUCUGGCUACACGAGGCCCACAUCGCUUUUCCUCACCUCGGCUGAGGAGCUUUGCUCCGGAAAGCUGCCUUCGAUGACACCUCUCAAAGCCCUGCCGUCCUACUACAAAGCAGAUGACAUUGAGGUUCAGCAAUUCUUCGCGACAUCGCUGGACGGUACGAAGGUGCCAUACUUCCAGCUUAGCAAGAAGGACAUGGCCUAUGAUGGCAAGAACCCGACGCUUCUUUACGGCUACGGCGGCUUCGAGAUUUCCUUAACGCCAGCCUACUCGGGCGCACGAGGCAUCGCUUGGCUAGAGCACGGCGGUGUCUGGAUUGAUGCGAACAUUCGCGGCGGCGGUGAGUACGGACCGAGGUGGCACCAAUCCGCCAAGAAGGCGAAUCGUAACAAGGCCUACGAAGACUUCGAGGCCGUUGCAGAAGACCUGCUCCGGCGCGGUGUGACGACCCGGGCACUUUUGGGCAUCCAAGGCGGCUCCAAUGGCGGGCUGCUCAUGGGAAAUAUGCUCACCCGGGAAAAGAGGGAGCUCUUUGGCGCGAUCGUGUGCCAGGUGCCGUUGCUUGACAUGCAGAGAUAUAGCCAGCUUCUAGCUGGAGCUAGUUGGAUGGGAGAAUACGGUGACCCUACAACCAGCGACUGGGAGGAAUUCCUGAAGCAGUACUCACCAUAUCACAACCUGUCUGAUGACAAGACCUACCCACCGGCGCUCUUCGUCACAUCCACGAAGGAUGACAGGGUUCACCCCGGCCACGCUCGGAAGAUGGUGGCAAAGCUCUUGGGUCAUCCCACGGCCAAGGACCAGACAUUCUACUACGAAAACAUCGAGGGUGGGCACGGCGGCGCUGCUGACAAUAAGCAACGGGCCUUCAUGCAGGUGGCACAGUAUGCAUUUCUAUGGAAAACCUUGUCACCUGGGAGACAGCCGGAGACGAUACCGUGA